UCUAGUGUCUCCUGAUAUGCAGCACGGAUGAAAAUGGCAAGUUCCCUGGCCUUUCUUCUGCUCAACUUUCGUGUUUGCCUCCUCUUGGUCCAGCUGCUAACUCCUUGCUCAGCUCAGUUUGCUGUGCUUGGACCCCAUGGGCCCAUCCUGGCCAUGGUAGGUGAAGACGUUGAUCUGCCCUGUCACCUGUUCCCGACCAUGAGUGCAGAGACCAUGGAGCUGAGGUGGGUGAGUUCCAACCUAAGGCAGGUGGUGAACGUGUAUGCAGAUGGAAAGGAAGUGGAAGACAGGCAGAGUGCAGCGUAUCGAGGGAGAACUUCGAUUCUACGGGAUGACAUCACUGCAGGGAAGGCUGCUCUCCGAAUACACAACAUCACAGCCUCUGACAGUGGAAAGUACUUGUGUUAUUUCCAAGAUGGUGACUUCUAUGAAAAAGCCCUGGUGGAGCUGAAGGUUGCAGGUCACAGGUCAACUCAGGAAUGUCCUCAAUGCAUCAAUCUCUUCUUCUAUGUCUCCAGAACAGAUCCCUCUCCUCCUCCCUCUGCAUUGGGUUCUGAUCUUCACAUUGAAGUGAAGGGUUAUGAGGAUGGAGGGAUCCAUCUGGAGUGCAGGUCCACUGGCUGGUACCCACAACCCCAAAUACAGUGGAGCAACACCAAGGGAGAGGACAUCCCGGCUGUGAAAGCACCUGUGGUUGCAGAUGGAGUGGGCCUAUAUGCAAUAGCAGCAUCCGUGAUCAUGAGAGGCAGCUCUGGGAAGGGCAUAUCCUGCAUCAUCAGAAAUUCCCUCCUCGGCCUGGAAAAGACAGCCAGCAUUUCCAUCACAGACCCCUUCUUCAGGAACGCCCAGCCCUGGAUCGCAGCCCUGGCAGGGACCCUGCCUAUCUCGCUGCUGCUUCUCGCAGGAGCCAGUUACUUCUUGUGGAGACAACAGAAGGAAAAAAUUGCUCUGUCCAGGGAGACAGAAAGAGAGCGAGAGAUGAAAGAAAUGGCAUAUGCUGCAACAAAGCAGGAAAUAAGCCUAAGAGAGAAGCUCCAGGAGGAACUCAAGUGGAGAAAAAUCCAGCACAUGGCUCGGGGAGAGAAGUCUUUGGCCUAUCAUGAAUGGAAAAUGGCCCUCUUCAAGCCUGCGGAUGUGAUUCUGGAUCCAGACACGGCAAAUGCCAUCCUCCUUGUUUCUGAGGACCAGAGGAGUGUGCAGCGUGCCGAAGAGCCACGGGAUCUUCCAGACAACCCUGAGAGAUUUGAAUGGCGUUACUGUGUGCUUGGCCGUGAAAACUUCACAUCAGGGAGACAUUUCUGGGAAGUGGAAGUGGGGGACAGAAGAGAGUGGCAUAUUGGGGUGUGUAGUAAAAACGUGGAGAGGAAAAAAGGUUGGGUCAAAAUGACACCAGAGAAUGGAUACUGGACCAUGGGGCUGACUGAUGGGAAUAAGUAUCGGGCUCUCACUGAUCCCAGAACCAACCUGAAACUUCCUGAGCCCCCUAGGAAAGUGGGGAUCUUCCUGGAUUAUGAGACUGGAGAGAUCUCAUUCUACAAUGCCACGGAUGGAUCUCAUAUCUACACCUUUCCGCACACCUCUUUCUCUGAGCCUCUGUAUCCUGUAUUCAGAAUUUUGACCUUGGAGCCCACUGCCCUGACCAUUUGCCCAACACCAAAACAAGUAGAGAGUUCCCCCGAUCCUGACCUAGUGCCUGAUCAUUCCCUGGAAACACCAGUAGCCCAGGGUUUAGCUAAUGAAAGCGGGGAGCCUCAGGCUGAAGCAACAUCUCCGCUUCUCCCUGCCCACCCUGGAGUUGACGGCCUCCCCCUCCACAACAACCAAUCAGAACCAUAAAGCUACAGGCACGCACUGAAGCACUUUACUGAUAUUCAUUCAAUUAUUCCAUAUGACAGUUGUUUGAGUUUGGUACCACCUAUUGUCCCUUUAUACAAAUAAGGAAACUGGGGUGCAGAAAGUUGAAUUAACUUUACAAAGUAGACAUGACUAGUGAACAACAGAGCUGGGAUUUAAACAGCAAUAGCUAACAUUAACAGAUAAUUUAAACUGUUCUGAGUGCUGUGUUGUACACUUUGGUGGAUGUCACUCCUUUGAACGUCACAACACCCCAUCGGGUAGUCUCAUUUUGCAAGUAUGAAAGCUGAGGCAGGGCAACCUUAAGUAACUUACAUAACUCAUAUGGUAAUUUGUGUAGUUAGGAGAUGUUCAGCCUCAGUCCCUGGCUAAUUGCCCAUUCUUUUCCAGCCUGAUUUUUUUCCAUGGGAAGAGCCCACGUGUAGCCCUGAGGUUUCCUUCCCAGAACAGCUCCAGGGUAGAGAUAAUUGUAAGUGGUUGUAGAGUUGACACCCCUAUUGACUCCUUCCCAGCUGAUUAUCAGAGCCUUAGACACAACACUCCUUAGAUUAGCUCUGCAGAGUGUCUUGGUUGAGAGAAUAACCUCCUAGUACCCACAUGACAUGUGACUUGGAAAGAGACUACAGGCCACACUUGAUAAAUCAAGUGGAAGAGAUGUGUGCCCACCCAACAAAUGUGAUAAGUGAUCACGCAGCCAGAGCCAGCCUUCCUACAGUCAAGAUUUCCAGACAGAACAAAUACUCUAAAGAUUCUCUGUGAUAUAGGAAAUUUGGAUCAAGGAAGCUAGAAGAAUUACAGGGAUGUUUUUAAUCCUGCUAUGGACUCAGUCUUCUGGAAAUAGGUCUGUCCACCCCUGAUCAUUGGUGGAUGUUAAACCCAUAUUCCUUUCAACUGAUGCCUGCUAGGGAAAACUGCUCCUCAUUGUCAUCACUGUUAAUGCUCAGCACUGUAUCCCCUCUACUUGGCAAGUGGUUGUCAAGUUCUAGUUGUUUAAUAAAGUGUUAAUAAUGCUUA